ACUGAACCUCCACAGAGCAAAUUAUCACACUCUGUGUGUCUGUGUGUGUGUGUCGAGCUCAGUUGUUCUAUACUCUCUGCAAGUGUUUCCAGCUGUGAGAAGAUGAAGUACUACUGGGGAGUGUCUGUCGCUCUGCUGCUGCUGUGUGUAGCUUGGGGAGCCAGGGCCCAGCAGAGCCUCUCCGAGGAGGAGAUCGAGGAGCUCCUCAAUGCCCACAACUACUACCGCAGCCUCGUGGACCCAAUUGCCACCGACAUGCUCAAACUGGCCUGGGACACCAACAUGGCUUACAAUGCUGACUACUGGGCAGACGAGUGCAAGUACGAGUUGAACGAGGAUCGCCACGACCAGUCGACAGAGUACGACUACAUCGGACAGAACAUCCUGGCCACUGACGAGCAGUCGGUCAACUACACCACUCUGCUGGGAGGGUGGUUCAAACAGAGGUCGAGGUCCAACUACUACACUGGCGGGUGUACGGACGACGAUGGAGAGGAGAAUGAGGAGCUGGAGGGAUGCGAAGGGUACUCCCAGAUGGUGUGGGCCAGGACAGAAGUGGUGGGCUGUGGAGUGAGGAGAUGUGCAGAGAUCGAGGGAGAGUGGAGAGAAGAUGAUGAUGAUGAUGAUGAU